GCACCUUAAUAUAAAGGGUCUUAACAACCCUUAUUGGUUCAUAUCUUGCCUGACCUGCUGUAAGCAUCAUACCAGAAGACGUCAUUCGAGUUAGAAUUCUGGGGAACUACAUGUACUUUCUUCUACCUUCAACAAUGGCUUUCGCUCGUGGCUCUCAAGCUACACUGGCGUUGACGGCUACGCUUAAUUUUAUUGCAUCUUUACAAUGCUGCUGGGCCCAUCCUGUCAGGGAAGCCGUGACGUCACAAGACUACUCGAGGACAUCACACAUAUCCGGCAUUUCGUGCUUCAGUGGACCUUUAGGGAUGGCCAGUGGGGCUAUUCCCGAUAGCAGUCUGACGGCGUCAGGCUCAUAUAGCUCAAGAUUUCUCCCGAGCAAUGCCAGACUGAAUGGUUCUACUUGGUGGGCAUGUCCCAAAGGAAAGGUCGACAGUCAGUGGAUUCAGGUUGAUCUUGGCCACUAUACGGCUGUCACGGGGGUCAUCCUACAUGGACACGGUUCCCAUCAUAUCCACACCUUUGCUAUAAACUUUAGCAGCACAGUUAACGCUGGUGAUUGGCAUGAACUUACUGAUAAAGGACGGACAUUACAGUUGAAUGCGAUUAAUGGUGCUGGACAACCUGUGAUGAAUGUCAAGUUCCCCGUGGUGUUAUUGGCAAGAUUCCUUCGCAUAAUUCCACUCACAUGGACUCAAUACGAUCAUUAUUAUCUCAAGUUUGAAGUGCUCGGUUGUCGAGUAUCCAACGGAACGAUUCGAUUGGUGGGUAGUGACGACAAGUGGAGCGGCCAAGUGGAAAUCUACCGGCAUGGUGCCUGGGGUGCAGUUUGUGAUACCAGUUGGGACAUGAAGGACGCCACCACCGUUUGCAAUCAGCUCGGCUUCAUCGGGGUUCUUGAGGCUAAAACGGGGCUGUCCAGCCGAGAGAGUGAUCGGCCGAUUGUGAUGAAUCGAGUCACCUGUAAUGGAACGGAAAGACAGCCGUCUUUCCGUUCCGUUCCGUUUGGCUGA